AGUAAACCCACUCCUCCUUCAAACUUUUCGUCCCUUUUCACACUUCUCUCUCACUCGCAUCACACACAAACAAACACUCCCAUUCUCUCUCUCUCUCUCUCUCUCUCUCCGACCUAGCGAGACCGAGCGAUCCGACCCUAAUCUCGCGAUGCUCCGCCGCGCAACCUCCUCCCUCCUCACCGGCGCCUCCCGCCGCCGCCUCUCCUCCGACGUGCCGGCGACCCCCGCCGCGGAUUCCGCCUUCGCGGAGGCGUGGAAGAAAGUGAGCCCCAACAUCGACCCGCCGAAGACGCCGCUGGCGUACAUGAAGCCCCGACCACCCACUCCCUCGGCUCUCCCUUCCAAGCUCACAGUCAACUUCGUCUUGCCCUACUCUUCUCAAUUGGCCGCAAAAGAGGUUGAUAUGGUCAUUGUACCAGCAACAACUGGGCAGAUGGGUGUUCUCCCAGGACAUGUAGCAACAAUUGCAGAGUUGAAACCUGGUGUCUUAUCUGUACAUGAAGGGAACGAUGUGACCAAGUACUUUGUCAGCAGUGGCUUUGCAUUCAUCCAUGCAAACUCUGUUGCUGAUAUAAUAGCUGUUGAGGCUGUGCCGGUGGACCGAAUUGAUGCGAAUCUAGUCCAGAAGGGUCUUCAAGAUUUCACCCAGAAGCUGAACUCAGCCACAACUGAUUUGGAGAAAGCUGAAGCUCAGAUUGGGGUUGAUGUCCAUAGUGCUCUGAACUCUGCUCUUACAGGCUAAUAAUAAGUACUGUAGUGUUAAGUCUUUCCUUCUGUAUUUGUUUAUUUCCCCCCACUAUGUGGCAUUGAUUUGUCUCGGUGUAAUCAAAGUUGCUAAAAGAACAUUUUCACCAUGAAUUUCUAUGUUGAAAGUGACUUGAUAAAAUAAUAUUUCAACAGCUUCCAUCUAGCUCAAGGAUGUUGGGCAAGACCUUGAAAUUAGAAACAAAAGUUUCAUUUUUGUGUUGGAUUA